UGUGAGAGGGGGAGGGGAAGAAGACUCCAAUCCGGGCCAGAUUCCAGUCCGGGUUUGGCAAGUUGCCGCGGCGCUGGGUAAAAUGGCAGUGCUGAGCCUCGUGUCGGAGUGAGCAGGACUCGGCGGACGAGAGUCGGAAGCCGCCGCCGCCACUCGGGCUUGCCUAGUCCAGCCUCUCCGGCCGCGCAGCCCGGCUCCGAGGACGGGGUCCGCCAGGCUCUCCUUUGCCCACCGUGCCCCCCCUCCCUUCCUCCUCCUCUCCCACACCGGGAGCCCCGUCCUGCCCCCCUCCCCCUUUCCUCCUCCUCCUCCCCCUUUCUCCGCCGGCUGCAACUGAGCGAGGAGGAGGCACAGUGGGGCCAGGCCCCGUUCAGCCCACCGGAGCUCUCCGCGCCUCGCUAGCCGCGCCGGGGGAAGGAAUGAGACCCCGUUGUCCCGAGGAGUGCGCCGCCGCCUGAGCGGGGAGAAGGAGGAGGAGAGCGGUGAGGCCUUGUGCCGGCCGGCCGGCCAGGCAGGGAGUAGGUCGGGCGGGGGGGAGGAGGAAGAGGAGGAGGGCUGGCUGGGUGGGGAGGGGGGAUCAUGGCCGCUCAGGUGGCCCCCGCCGCCGCUAGCAGCCUAGGAGCCCCGGCUCCAUCCGAACUGAAGAAAGCGGAGGCGCAGCAGCAGCAGCAGCAGCGGGAUUGUUCCUCGGAAGAGGUGGGGGGCGAGGCGGUGGCGGCAGAGCGCGGCGGAGAGAAGCCGUCGGAAAGUGAAGGUCCCCCGGGAAAGGAACUGCAGGACGGGGCCGAGAGCAAUGGCGGGGGCGCAGGGGCCGAGCCCGACCUGAAGAGCUCCAACGGGAACCCGGGCCCUAGGCCCGUCGCCACACUGAACAAUAACCUCCCGGAGCCGCCCGGCGGUGGUGGUGGCGGCGGCAGCAGCAACAACAGCAACGACGGGGUGGGGACGCCGCCGCAGCAGCAGCAGCAGGCUCCACCGCAGCAGCAGCAGCAGCCUCCCCCUUCUCAUCCGGCCGCCUUGCCCCCGCCAGGCUACGGUUUCGGGCAGCCCUACGGCCGAGGCGCCCAGGCGGCGGCGGCCGUUGCUGCGGCCGCUGCCUUCCACCAACAUGGCGGACAACAAAGCCCUGGCAUGGCAGCGCUGCAGAGCGGGGGCCUGGAGCAGCCGUACUCGGGGCCCGCGGGGGCCCCUCCUGGGCCGCCCCCUCCCCAGAACUCUCACGGCGGCGGGAGCACGGAGCACGGCUUCCCCAACCACCAGUACAACUCCUACUACCCUGCAGCCGGGCGCAGCGCUGGCGCCUACCCGCCUCCUCCACAGGCCUACGCCCUGAGCUCCCCCCGGGGAAACGCUCAGAGCCCCGCACAGGCCGGCGCCAAGCCUCCGGUAUCGGCUUUCCAGCAGCAGCGUUUCGGGGCCAUGGGGCCGGCGGCGGCUGGCGGCGCAGGAGGUGGCGGCGGCGGCGGGGGCGCUACCCCUCAACCCACGUCGACCCCCACCCUCAACCAACUCCUCACCUCUCCUAGCUCGGCCCGGGGCUACCAAGGGUACCCUGGGGCCGAUUACGGCACCGGGCCCCAGGACUCGGGAGCCACGGCCAAGGCCCCGGCGGCAGCGGACAUUGCCUCUCCGUACAGCGGGGGUACCAGCCAGGGCUGGGCAGCAGCCACAGGAGGAGGCCAACAAAGGAGUCACCAUGCGCCCAUGAGCCCCGGGAGUAGUAGCGCUGCCGGGGGACAGCCGCUUAGCAGGACCCAGCAGCCAUCCAGCCCAAUGGAUCAGAUGGGGAAGAUGAGACCUCAGCCUUAUGGAGGAAACAACCCAUACGCACAGCAACAGGGACCUCAGUCAGGGCAACAGCAAGGCCAUGGAUAUCCAGGACAGCCGUAUGGGCCACAGACACCCCAGAGAUAUCCAAUGGGAACCCUAAGCAGGACGCAAAGUGCAAUGGGUGGUGUCGCUUAUGCACAGCAGAUCCCUCCUUACGGACAGCAGGGCCCUAGUGGAUAUGGGCAACAGAGCCAGACUCCCUAUUACAACCAGCAAAACCCUCAUCCCCAGCAGCAGCAGCCUUCAUAUGCUCAGCAGCCACCAUCUCAGACCCCUCACACUCAGCCUUCUUAUCAGCAGCAACAAACUCAGUCUCAACCUUCACAGCUUCAGUCAUCCCAGCCCCCGUACUCCCAGCAGCAGUCGCAGCCACCACAUCAGCAGUCUCCAUCUCCAUAUCCUCAGCAGCCAGCCACUGCCCAGCAGCAUCCACAGAGUCAGCCUCCUUACACGCAGCAGCAGUCGCAGUCCCCCUACCAGCAGCAGCAAACCCAGCAGUCUGCUACCUCGGCGCUCUCUCAGCAGUCGGCAUCUUACCCUCAGUCUCAGUCACAGCAGCAGACGGCAUAUUCUCAGCAGCGCUUCCCACCUCCACAGGAAUUAUCACAAGACUCAUUUGGGUCCCAAGCAUCGUCGGCUGCCUCAAUGACUUCCAGUAAAGGGCAAGAAGAUGUGAGUUUAAAUCUUCAGUCACGGCCCUCUAGCUUACCGGAUCUCUCUGGUUCAAUAGAUGAUCUACCUAUGGGUACAGAAGGAGCACUGAGUCCUGGCGUAAGCACAUCAGGGAUUUCAAGCAGUCAAGGAGAGCAGAGUAACCCAGCUCAGUCUCCUUUCUCUCCGCAUACCUCUCCUCACCUGCCAGGCAUCAGAGGACCUUCCCCUUCACCCGUUGGAUCUCCUGCUAGUGUUGCUCAGUCACGCUCUGGUCCACUCUCUCCUGCUGCAGUACCAGGCAACCAGAUGCCACCUCGACCACCUAGUGGCCAAUCAGAGAGCAUCUUGCAUCCCUCCAUGAAUCAGUCAACCAUAGCCCCAGAUAGAGGUUACAUACAGAGGAAUCCACAGAUGACCCAGUAUAAUUCUCCUCAGCCUGGGUCUGCCUUAUCUCCACGUCAGUCUUCUGGAGGACAGAUGCAUGCUGGGAUGGGACCUUAUCAGCAAAAUUCCAUGGGCACUUAUGGACCUCAGGGGGGCCAAUAUGGGCCUCAAGGUGGAUAUCCAAGGCAGCCAAACUACAAUGCUAUGCCCAAUGCAAAUUACCCCAGCCCAGGAAUGGGAGGAAGCAUGAACCCAAUGGGAGCAGGGAGUCAGAUCCAUGGUCAGACUGGUGUACCACCCUAUCCCGGGCUCCCUCCAGGGAGAAUGAGCCAUGCCACCAUGGGGAACAGGCCCUAUGGACCCAAUAUGGCAAACAUGCCUCCCCAGGUAGGGACUGGAAUGUGUCCUCCACCUGGUGGCAGGAAAGCACAAGAAGCCGCUGCCGCUGCUAUGCAUGCUGCUGCUGUCAACUCGAUCCAGAAUAGGCCGUCUGGUUACCCCAAUAUGAACCAAGGAGGAAUGAUGGCAACGGGGCCUCCCUACGGCCAAGGAAUUAAUAGCAUGGCUGGCAUGCUAAAUCCCCAGGGCCCACCAUACCCAAUGAGUGGGAAUAUGUCCAACAAUUCUGCAGGGAUGGCUGCAAGUCCUGAGAUGAUGGGACUUGGGGAUGUAAAACUAACACCUGCAACAAAAAUGAACAAUAAGGCAGAUGGGACACCAAAAGCUGAAUCCAAGUCAAAGAAGUCCAGCUCCUCUACUACUACAAAUGAAAAGAUUACUAAGCUAUAUGAGCUGGGUGGUGAGCCAGAAAGGAAGAUGUGGGUAGAUCGCUAUUUGGCCUUCACUGAAGAGAAAGCAAUGGGCAUGACCAAUCUUCCAGCUGUGGGCCGGAAACCCCUAGACCUUUAUCGACUCUACGUUUCAGUAAAGGAAAUUGGAGGACUGACUCAAGUUAACAAAAACAAGAAAUGGCGUGAGUUAGCAACCAAUUUGAAUGUGGGCACCUCUAGCAGUGCAGCUAGCUCUCUGAAGAAGCAGUAUAUUCAGUGUCUCUAUGCCUUUGAGUGCAAGAUUGAGCGAGGUGAAGACCCUCCCCCAGACAUCUUUGCAACUGAUUCAAAGAAGUCACAACCCAAAAUACAGCCUCCAUCUCCAGCGGGUUCAGGCUCCAUGCAGGGUCCUCAGACACCUCAGUCCACCAGUAGCUCUAUGGCAGAAGGAGGAGACUUGAAACCCCCAACUCCUGCAUCUACGCCACACAGUCAAAUGCCCCCUUUGCCAGGCAUCAGGAGUAACUCUGUAGGCCUUCAGGAUGCCUUUCCCGAUGGCAGUGACCCCACUUUCCAGAAGAGGAACUCCAUGACUCCAAACCCAGGGUACCAGCCCAGCAUGAAUACUUCCGACAUGAUGGGCCGCAUGUCUUAUGAGCCAAAUAAGGAUCCAUAUGGCAGUAUGAGAAAAGGAAGUGAUCCCUUUAUGUCCUCAGGGCAGGGCCCCAACAGUGGUAUGGGUGAUCCUUAUAAUCGUGCUACAGGUCCAGGGAUGAGUAACAUGGCCAUGGGACAAAGGCAACAUUAUCCUUAUGGCCCUUAUGACAGAGUGAGAACUGAAGCAGGAAUGGGACCUGAAGCCAACUUGGGAACUGGAACACCCCAGCCUAACAUCAUGCCUUCCACUCCUGAUUCUGGGAUGUACUCUCCAAGCCGCUAUCCUCAACAGCCACAGCAGCGACAUGAUUCCUAUGGCAAUCAAUUUUCCACUCAAGGUACAUCCUCUGGCAGCCCCUUUCCUAGCCAACAAACCAACUUGUAUCAACCACAACAGCAGAAUUACAAACGAGCGAUGGAUGGCAACUACGGGCCCCCAGCCAAACGUCAUGAAGGGGAGUUGUACAGUGUACCGUACAGCACAGGCCAGGGACAAGCCCAGCAGCAGCUGCCUCCGGCACAGACCCAGCAACCAAGCCAGCAGCAAACUGCUCAGCCUUCCCCGCAGCAGGAAAUCUAUAACCAGUAUGGAAAUACAUACUCUGCUACAGACCGCCGACCUGCUGCUGGGCCACAGAACCAGUUCCCAUUCCAGUUUGGUAGAGACAGGGUCUCCGCUCCCCCAGGCUCUGGCACACAGCAGAAUAUGCCCCCUCAGAUGAUGGGUGGCCCUAUCCAGUCCACUCCAGAGGGCCCCCAGCAGGGCACCAUUUGGCAGGGGCGCAAUGAGAUGGGUUACAGUUAUCCCAACCGGCAGAGCACAGGCUCUGCACCCCAGGGGCCUACAUAUCACGGCGUGAAUCGAACAGAUGACAUGCUACAUCCAGAUCAGAGGGUUAAUCACGAGGGACCAUGGCCUUCUCAUGGAAACCGUCAACCUCCUUAUGGUCCCUCGGCCCCGGUGCCCCCAAUGACGAGGCCUCCACAGCCCAACUACCAGACCCCCCCUAGCAUGCAGAAUCACAUUCCUCAGGUAUCUAGUCCAGCACCUCUUCCCAGGCCGGUGGAAAACCGCACCUCUCCAAGUAAAUCCCCUUUCUUGCACUCGGGAAUGAAGAUGCAGAAGGCAGGGCCUCCUGUCCCUGCCUCACAUAUAACACCAGCAGCUGUCCAACCUCCUAUGAUACGACGGGAUAUCACAUUCCCCCCUGGGUCUGUGGAAGCGACACAGCCUGUGCUGAAGCAAAGACGACGUCUGACCACGAAAGAUAUUGGAACUCCUGAAGCAUGGAGGGUAAUGAUGUCUCUGAAGUCUGGGCUCCUGGCUGAAAGUACGUGGGCUUUGGAUACCAUAAACAUCUUGCUCUAUGAUGACAACAGCAUAAUGACCUUCAACCUUAGCCAGCUGCCAGGGUUGUUGGAACUACUGGUGGAAUAUUUUCGGCGUUGCCUGAUUGAAAUAUUUGGAAUCUUGAAGGAAUAUGAGGUGGGAGAUCCAGGACAAAGAACACUCUUGGAUCCUGAGAGGUUCUGCAAGUCUUCAAGUCCUCCUCCUGAAGAGGGGGCAAGAGAGGAGCCAUGGAGUCCUAACUGUGAGGAAGAAGAAGGGGAGGAGGAGGCUGCCUUUGCAAAUAAAGCCGCAGCACCUCUUGAGAACAAUGAGGAGAAACUUGUCAGUAAAUUUGACAAACUUCCAGUCAAGAUAGUGCAGAAGAAUGACCCCUUUGUAGUAGAUUAUUCAGACAAACUUGGCCGGGUACAGGAGUUUGAGAGUGGGCUGCUACACUGGCGAAUUGGUGGGGGAGACACCACUGAACACAUUCAAACCCACUUUGAAAGCAAAAUGGAGCUGCCGUUGACUCACAAACGGGCUUCCUGCAACUCGGUUUUGCGGAAACGUUCUGUAGUUGAGAGCAGCCCAGUUGCCCGAGAGGGAGAAUCCCCUCCAUCAGACGGUCCUCCAGAGAAAAGAAUAACAGCUACCAUGGACGACAUGCUUUCAGCACGACCAGGCUCAUUGGCGGAGGAGGAGGAGGUCAGAAAUGUGGAGGCCACCAAGGAAAGCGGCAAGUUCCCGUUUGGCAUUAGUCCAGCACAGAGCCACAGAAACAUAAAAAUCCUGGAGGAUGAGCCUCACAGUAAGGAUGAGACGCCCCUCUGCACGCUUCUAGACUGGCAGGACUCGCUGUCUAAACGCUGCGUCUGUGUCUCGAACAUCAUCAGGAGUUUAUCAUUUGUGCCAGGCAAUGACUUCGAGAUGUCUAAACACCCUGGCCUGCUGCUGAUUCUAGGGAAGCUGAUUCUCCUGCACCAUAAGCAUCCAGAACGCAAACAGGCACCACUGACAUACGAGAAGGAAGAGGAGCAGGACCAAGGAGUGAGCUGCAACAAAGUGGAGUGGUGGUGGGACUGCUUGGAGAUGCUACGUGAAAACACUUUGGUCACACUGGCCAACAUCUCUGGUCAGCUGGACCUGUCACCAUACCCAGAGAGCAUCUGUUUGCCUAUCCUGGAUGGACUCCUCCAUUGGGCAGUGUGUCCCUCAGCAGAAGCCCAAGAUCCUUUUCCAACCCUGGGACCUAAUGCUGUCCUCUCCCCUCAGAGACUGGUUUUGGAAACUCUCAGCAAGCUCAGCAUCCAGGACAACAAUGUAGAUUUGAUCCUUGCAACGCCACCGUUCAGUCGCUUGGAGAAACUCUACAGCACCAUGGUGCGUUUCCUUAGUGACAGAAAGAACCCGGUGUGCCGAGAGAUGGCUGUGGUACUACUGGCCAACUUGGCACAGGGCGACAGCUUGGCAGCUAGAGCCAUUGCCGUGCAGAAGGGCAGCAUUGGCAACUUGUUAGGCUUCUUAGAGGACAGCCUGGCAGCCACUCAGUUCCAGCAGAGCCAAGCCAGUUUGAUGCACAUGCAAAACCCUUCUUUUGAGCCGACCAGUGUGGACAUGAUGCGUCGGGCAGCUCGGGCGUUGCUCGCCCUGGCCAAAGUGGACGAGAACCACUCGGAGUUCACGUUAUACGAGUCACGGCUGUUGGACAUCUCCGUGUCACCUUUGAUGAACUCGUUGGUUUCACAAGUUAUUUGUGACGUACUGUUUUUAAUUGGCCAGUCAUGACAGCCGUGGGAUGCCUAUAACCCUGUGUGCGUGUGUGUGAAUGGAGGACUUAGAAACUGAUUGUUGCCCUUUAUUUAUGCAAAACCACCU